UUCAGUAUACCACUGUGAGUCUUGACACAGUCCACUGAAAUUCUGAAACAAAACAAAACCCUCAAAAAACCCUAAAAACAGUGUCUUUGUGAUUUUCCUAUACACAAACUAAAAUGGCGUUGCGAUCUGGAUCUCUAUCUCGCUCCUUCAUCUCUUCAGCCAGGAAUUCCCUUCGCCCGGCGGCUCCUUCUCCUCUUCCCCGUCUCCGUCCACCGCCACUUGCCACCCCUCGAACUCAGCCCCGCCUCUUUUCCAUCCCUCCUACCACUUCCAGGAAUUUCGGGCAAUUGGGUUGCAUACAGUCACUUUUACCACUGCAUAGCACGAUGGCUGUAGCGUGUCUCACAUCUCACCUUGCUGUCAAUGCACGAGCUUGUAGCGAGCUGUCCAAUGGUGAUCCUGAUUCCUGAGUUACUUGAGCAAGCUGUUGGAUUUUAAUGGCUGCUUGAGCCAAUAAUUAUGGGGAAUAUUAACUGGGAUGUAAUGGUUGUAAGAAUCUUGAACGAGAGACUCUCAUCUGUUAUGUUUUUUUGACUCCGGAAGGAAGAACCUGUUUUAUAUAUAUUCAAACUGCAAUAGCAUUCAAAAUUAGUUAUUGAUUCUUGUUAUCAUGUUUCUUUCAACUAUUUCGGAAUGAUAGUGUUAUUCAUGG